AUGAAAUUGGUCGAGCCUGUCUUGAUACUGUACUCAGCUAUGGUACGCCUGCUGAGGAGCUGCUUGCCUUCAAACAACAGAGUAUGCUUGUCCACUGUGAUCGAAAGCUUGAUUCCGCCUGAAAUCGAUUUGGGUUUUUCGCUUGUGGUCAAGGUUGUUCUUGGGAUCAGCUCUUUCUUCAUUGAACAAAUUGAUCUCUUCCGGUUUUGCUUUGAAGCUAGACUCUGCAUAAAGCCGUCUAUAAGAAUGGAUUCGAGCUUGAAGAAACACAUAAGAUCAGUUCUCCACUCAUGUUCUGUGAGAUUCUUAUUUGGGAACAUUGUCCCGCUGCCUCUAAAAGACAACGUAAACCAUCACCUUAGCAAGAUUAUUAACUGGACCGAUAAUAUGGGUUGGUAG